CGCAAAAGACAGUUCGUGGAUACACAUCGCCGGAGAUUUUCGCGGGCGCGUUACAACUGCGCGCUAAACGGGCCGUUCGCUAGAACACAGACCCAAAACAUCAGCAGCAAAGCUUUCAAAAUAGCAAAACACAAAACAAAAAAAACAUUUACAAUUUUCCAACAAAUUCUGAACAAUUCUCAAAAAAUAAUUGACUGCUUAGCCGCGACGUGUGCGCCAUCGAGCCGUUGAACUUUGCCAACAAAAGUAUUUCAAAAACAAUAUUUCAAAAAUAAUAUAUUUUUAUAAAAAAUAUAUUCAAAUAACUGCUGUUGUGGCAUAGAACUUGAUUUCAAAAACAAAAGAAAACAUAUUUGUUUAAUGUCUGUGUUUUCUCUUUUGUCGAGCUGUUCGUAAACAAAAUUUCCGUUCGUUGUUUUUCCUAUCAAGACACGAAGCAAGUGCGUGUGUUUAUUUUUGGAUAUACAGUAUUUUGAAAUUUGAAAUAUAAAAGUACACAUCAGAGAUACCAAAGCUCCCAAUGUGAACCAAAUGCAUAGUCAUUUAUUAUUUGCGUAACAACAGCUUACACUAUACAACACAACACAGCACUGAACACACUCAGACAAACACAACACACUGAUCUUUACUGACACACGGAACAAAUUGUGAUACACAACAAAACAAAAAAAAAAGCCUAUAAGGCCAUCUAACAGCUGCAACAACAAUAACAACUUUAGAGUACAAAAACAAGUGUACGAAUACAUCCAAUAUCCAAAACAGGAGCUCAGCCACAAGUCACAAUGGAUUUCGAUCAAAUUCUUGCCAAAUGUGGCGACUUCAAUCGCUAUCAGUUUAUGAUACUCGCCCUUUUUGGUUUUAUCAAUAUCAUCGUAUCGAUGCAUUACUUUACGCAAACAGUGAUCAGUUUUGUACCAGAUCAUUGGUGCUAUCAUGAGAAGUUAGUGAAUAUGACAUAUAAAGAAAUAGCCGAUAUCUAUUCCAAAUUUGACAAUCCUUCGUGCACACGUCUCGCUGACAUCGAUGGACCAAAUGUAACGGUCAGCACACAGGAGUGCGAAAGAUGGAUAUACAACUAUGAUUUCGGCUACAGAAGCAUGAAUACUGAGUUGAACUGGGUCUGUGACUCAGCGUAUAAGGCACGCAUCGGACAAUCCCUGUUCUUUAUUGGCUCCGUUGUCGGUACAUUGUUCUAUGGACUGCUUUCCGAUAAAAUUGGACGUGUUCCAGCGCUGAUAUUGUCGAAUUUCUGCGGCUUCGCUGGCGAUUUCUCGACGAUCUUCACCAAAAGUGUGGCCACCUUCACACUCUGCCGCUUCAUCUCGGGCCUGGCUGCCGAUACAAACUUCUAUCUCAUGUACAUUAUAGUUCUCGAAUACAUUCGGCCCAGCAUGCGCACUCUGGGCCUGAACAUGGCCGUGGGUCUCUUCUAUUGUCUCGGACUGGUGUUUACGCCCUGGCUGGCUGUUUGGGCCGGACAUUGGCAGAUCUAUUUGGCCUGCACAUCGCUGCCCAUUUUGCUGGUGGUGCUCUACUAUUUUGUGGUGCAGGAGAGCGCUCAGUGGCUGGUGACGCGCAACGACAUUGAUGGCGCGAUUAUGCGAUUGAAGCGUGUCGCACGCUUCAAUGGCUGCCAUGUGACGCAGGCGGACUUCGAUGAGUUCCGUCGUCAUUGUCAGAUGACGCGUGAGAUGCAGGGUGGCGAUGAUAAAAAGCAUGCUACGUUGUUGGACAUGUUUAAAACUCCGCGCAUGCGCAAAAACACCCUCAUUCUAUUCUUUAAAUCCAUGGUGAUUACUCUGUGCUACGAUGCCGUGUCGCGUAAUGUGGAGGGCAUGGGCAUCUCACCGUUCAUUAUGUUCUCACUGAGCGCCUUGGCCGUGCUGCCAUCGAGCAUUUUGCUCGUCCUACUCCAAGAUCGCAUCGGACGCAAGGGCAUGGCCUCGGGUUCACUGUUGGUGGGCGGUAUAUUCACAGUAGCCGCUGGCAUUGCCAUCGCCUAUCAGCAGCACAGUCACAAUGCCAUACUGCUCGCAUGUCUGACGAUUGCCGUGCGCUUCGGUGUGGCCAUUUCCUAUGAGUCUGGCUCGCAAUAUGCCACCGAACUGAUACCCACAUGUGUGCGUGGCCAGGGCGUGGCGGCGGUGCAUGUGGCCGGCUUUGCGGCCUCCUUUUUGGCACCCUACAUCCUCUGGCUGGGCACGUUCUUCAAGGCAGCGCCCUCAAUCAUACUGGGCGUGCUCUUCUUUGCCGGCUCCUUCGUUUGCCUGCUGCUGCCCGAAACGCUAAACAGGAGUCUACCAACCACCAUUGAAGAGGGUGAGGUCUUCGGCAAGGGCGAACGCAUGUUCGACUUCCCCUGUCUGCAGCAUCAUGAUGACGAUGACUCCGACUCUGAGAUGGAGAAGUACAAGCGCAAGCAUUCGCUCAUCGAUGCCAAGCAACAGGUGGAAUCCGGCAACUAUAACAAACGCAAGCAAUCGCUCAUCGAUGCCGAUCGCGAGGAGCAGGCCCUCAAGGAUGCCAAGCAUUGAGCCACCAUCUAGUUCGUAGUUUUAGUUAAACAAUUUUUGCCUAAGCCUUUAAGAGAGCAACAAAGCAAGCAACAAACAGAACAAACUUGUCCCCCCUCUUUUCUGUAAUCUGUAAUCAAGCGCUAGCUUAUUAUUAACUGAAUAUCCAGCAACACAAACUUAAUUCCUCGUCUAUUUGUGUGCUCAGCAUCUGUCUAUCAUCUUUUCUACACAUAGGCUUACUUAACAUACUAUAUAUACACAUAUAUAUACAUAUAUAUAGACUUAUAUAGACAUAUAUCUAUUUAGGAACUCAUAGAUCUAUGCAAAUUAACAAAACAAAGUUAACCAACGUAUAUAUUUUCCAAAGGCCUGUAAAAUAUCGAAAUCGAAAUUUGGAAUCGCAUAGUUAACAUUUAAGCGGCACAAUUUCACUUAACUGAAACAAAUUGAAUACUUACAUAUGUAAUGAAUAGUUAUGAUUAUAAGUGCAUUAGUAUUUAGUACAAGUUCAUUUCAGUUUUGAUUUUUACUUCGAUUUGUCGUCAAAUUCUAAUUUGAUACCGCCUACAAAGCUAUUAAGAAAAAAGUAAUAAAACAAUACUUAUAGACAUAUAUAAAU